AUGGCCUUGAUGAUCAUCUCAUCAGUGGUUGCCACUCCUUCUGGAAACAAAGACAUUUCUGUAGCCAUUGAAGAGAUGGAGAGAGCCAAUUACUUCACCUUUGUCAUGCUGAUAAACAUGGUUCCUCCCAAUCUGUUCCAAGGCAAUGUCACUUUCUUGAUGCCAAGUGAUAGAUCACUCUCCAGAACUAUGGUACCUGCACAAAACAGUGUCAUGGAUCUCUUGCUCCGCCAUUCAAUUCCCUCCCCUUUGCUUUUCGAUCACCUUCUUCAUUUGCCCACAAACAGCAUGCUUCCUACAUCAAACCCUGAUUUGAUGCUUAAGGUCUCCAAUAGGGGCAGAAGGAGUUUGUUUCUUGGAAAUGUUAAAAUCGUUAGUCCUAAUAUAUGCACUCAUGGGUACUCGGUGCGAUGCCAUGGCAUAGAUGGUGUAAUUAGCAUAGAGAAACCUGGACUUGCAUCACCAAUCACUUGUCCUAGAGUUGCCUCUGCAGCUGCACCAUUACCAUUGUUGGCACCCCCUAGUCCUAGUCCUAGUCCUAGCUCUGCUCCUGCAUCUGAUCCACCUCAUGGUGCAGCUUAUGAAACAUCAGGUGGUGUAAGACCACAAAUGGAGUUAGCAUUGACGACAUGGAUGGCGUUUGUGUGGCUAUUAUAUAGUAAAGCAAAGCUGUGCGUUUGA